AUGAAGUGCACCGUAAUCUCCUUCCUGGCCGUCUUCAUCGCCGUGGCCGCAGCCGACUAUCACUACGGAGGACAUCACGCCAUGGUACAACCCGGCCCAGCGGAAGUCCUGACAUACCCAGGAAAGGUCCCCCUGCCACCGUGCGGAACAGUCUACCUGCUGACCUGCAACAAGAACCAACAGAAAGUGCCCUGCGCUGUCGAACACAAACCAGCUCCGUACCAUCCCGCUCCAGCUCCAGCGUACCACAAACCCGAACCAGCUCCAUAUCACAAGCCGGAACCAGCGCCCUACCAUAAGCCAGAGCCAGUGCCUUACCACAAGCCGGAGCCAGCUCCUUACCACGCCCCACCUCCACCAGCCAAGUACUAA